AUGUCUAAGAUCUACGUCGGAAACCUUUCAUGGCACACCAGCGACGAGUCGCUUCGUCAGGCCUUCAGCGAGUUCGGCCAAAUCGUCGACUCUAUCGUCAUGGUUGACCGUGAGACCGGUCGCUCCCGUGGCUUCGGUUUCGUCACCUACUCCUCCGCUGAAGAGGCCGAGGCUGCCAUCGCUGGCCUCAACGAGCAAGAUCUCGAUGGUCGCCAGAUCCGUGUUAACCUCGCCAACGCCCGCCCCUCCGGUGGUGGUGGCUUCAACGGCGGUGGCUUCAACGGUGGUGGCGGUGGCCGCUGGUAA